AAUGAAGCGUUCUGUAGAAGUAAAUUUCACAAAUAAUUACAAAGAAAGCUUUACAAAGAAAGCAAGUAACAUGCUAUAAUGAUCUAUUGCCGCGUUUCCACCGAAAUUACCCGGAACAUUUGUACCAGGAACUUUUUUUCCCAGGAACUUUUUUCCCCCCAGACCCCUUGCUUUCUGCGUUUCCACCACGGUGUAAAGUACCGGGUAGAUUAGGCAAAUAGACUGGUGACGUAGGUCUGCGCGUGUUUCUCAAUACAAAGUACCGCUGAUUUAAAAAAAAAAAAAAAAAAAAAAAAGGUACGCUGAUUUUGGACGUGCAUCAUUGGUAGUUAGUUCCAUAGACAUGGUUAGUUCUGACUUCGUGCAUUCGACUGGGGAGUGCCACCAAAAAAUACACCCUUGCUUCUUUAGACAGCCUGUACUCUCAUUUGACAAAUACCAGCAUUAAUAAGUUUGGAAUGUGCUAUGCCAUGGACAAAGAGCGGGUAGGCAGAGGAUGCAAGUGGACCAUGAGCAGAUUCCGUAGUUUUCUUCACAAACAAGAUAUUAACGAACUUCUGCUCUGGCACAGGAUUAGCAAUAUUGUUACGUUGACUCUGCUCACAGCCGUUCCUUGCAUUCCCUCCAGCCCCAACUGUCUGGAACUGUUGGGGUUUGAUAUCCUCAUCGACGCCAGCUACAAACCGUGGCUUCUAGAGGUCAACCACAGUCCGGCGCUAACAUUGGACUGCCCUGCUGAUGUAACGGUCAAGAAAGGGCUGAUCAAUGAUAUCAUCGACCUGAUGAACUACAGGAUGGUUGAUAGCUUCAGACAGAAGGGAUACUGCAGGAAGAGAACGGUUAGACGCUAUUUACGGCCAAAAAUCUCUCAAGGGUUUUUGUUGCCCAAGAUUUUGCACGCACCUCCAUCAGGCAACAAAAGCUGGAAUCAGUCUGUCUCAGGCUCUUCAAGUUCUGAAGAUACUAGAAAUAACACCGGUUAUGCGACUUGCCCCGUUCACCCCAAUUCAAAAUCCAUUGGACAUGAAAAGGAUCCACAGAAGUUUGAGGAAAUCAACAACGAGCUGGGAUCCGAUGACCUAAAACUCACAACAUUAAACAGCACCAGGAAAUUGCACAGAAAUGCACCAUCUACCGUGUGCAAGUUACCAUCUCUUCGCUUACAUAAACUCAAGGCUCCAGCCGUCCCGUGGAACCGCGUGACUCAGGACAGAGGUGUCCCUCCUUGUCGUGUUGGCGACUUCAUACUUACAUUUCCCUUUAAUCAGGCUACGUGGAAAGCCUGUCAGGACCAAGCAGAUGUUAAGGCUAUUGUGAACGAGGUUCAUAAACUCACAAACCGACUGGUGUCCUCCUUUAAUGAAAAAGAAAGGACGAAGAUGGAAAGCAGUCAGAGCAUUGGUAUCAGUGACAAAUUUGAGCCUCUGCUUUGGGGGCCGAAAGAUCCCCCUCUUCUCAGCAAAUGCUGCUCCUUAAAUUCAGAAGUCAAGUAAAAUGGUUCAAGCUGAUCUAAUUUUUCACAGUUUAUAAUUUCUUACAACACAACAUAACACAAGAGGAGGAAACUGGGAAGAGCACAUAUAGUAUAUAGUAAUUGAACAUAAAAUAAUGGAUUUUUACCAAGUCAGAAUUUACUUUUUGCCUCAAACUAUUGCAUCAGAUAUCUUUGACGUGUUACC